AUGGAGCGGCAGAUCGGUGAGGGGUCGUUUGGGGUGGUGUAUGAAGGGCGCGUGGUGACGAACGGGGCGAGAGGGCUGCGGAAGGGCGACGCGGUGGUGCUCAAGCGUCCAAAGCUCACGGUGGAGGGCGCGGCGGAGCUGCAGGAGAUCGAGCUGUGGAUGAACGAUCGAGUGAAUCGGGACGCGAGAGGGGCGUGCGCGGAGUUCGUGGGGUCGUAUCGCGUGACGCGGGAUGAGUGGAUGUCGUCGCCGUCGAGCGACGUGCUGAGUAAGGAGGGCUUGUGGCUGGUGUGGCGAUAUCAGGGAGACCGCACGCUGGCGCAGUACUUGGCGCAGCCCGAUUAUCCAACCGGCCUGUCGAAGGCGCUGUUGAAACGCGAGGAUGUUUACAGAGGAGACGCCGCGACGGAGUUAGAGAUCACGCAGAAGGCUGUGUCUCAGCUCUUGUCGAGUCUCAUGUCGCUCCACCGCGCGGGUCUGGUGCAUCGCGACGUCAAACCACACAACCUCGUGCUCGCGCAAUCGGCCAAGCCCGAGUUCAAGGUGAUUGAUCUUGGGGCGUGCGCGUGCUUCAGAACCGGUACGAACUUCACCCCGGAUGAGACCAUCAUGGAUCCAAAAUACGCUCCACCGGAGGAAUUUUUGAUUCCCACGGAGGACGCUCCCGACUUGAAGAACAUGUUCGGUCCGCUCGCUCUCGCAGCCGGAACCACGGCUUGGUUGAGUCACAAGCCGGAUCGUUUCGACAUGUAUAGCACCGGCAUCGUGUUGAUGCAACUCGCAAUGCCGAGCCUGCGCACGAACAGCGGACUGCAGGGAUUCAACAAAAAUCUCAAGAAGUACAAGUACAAUCUGCUCAAGUGGCGGGACGCCAACCAAGGGUCGUUCAGCCGAUCGAAGACGGCGGUGCUCGACGCCGGUGAUGGUGCGGGAUGGGAACUCGCGGCAGCGCUUCUCCGUCAGAGGCCCUACGACCGCGGAGGAUCGGAAGAGCGUCGCUUCUUCUCCGUCAAUCCAACCGAGCUGAAAGUGCUCGCCAAGGAAGGUCGCGGGGACAACUGGGUCGCCGACACGACCGCGAUGUUGUCGGACAUGUUCUCUUUGGAAAAGCGAAUCCAGCGUCAGCAAGCGAACAUCGCCAAGCAGUCGACGACGAUUCAAAAACUCAAGGAUGACGGAGCAGAUGCCAGGAGCAUAGCCGAGCAAGAGAAAACUCUGGAGAAGAUGCGCGUCGGCUUACAAGGUCUCGUUCGCGCUCUAAGUUUUAAGGACGUCGAGGCGCGCACCACGAUGGUGUCCGCGGCGUCGGAUCUGCAAAAGGCGGCCAAGGACAAGGGGGUCGAGCCGUCGAAGGAGUACGACGGCUUGCUCUCGGAACUCUCCACGGGGACGGCGAAGAAGCGAGUCAAGGCGAUUGAACGUCAAGUUAGUCGUGUCACCGAGCAGGUGAGUCAAGUCGCGGCGCAAGGCGCGUCGGAGACCAAACGACGAGUCGAAGACGGCGUGACCAACAUUCUCCGCUUUGUGCGCUCAGCUCGCGAGAGCCAGUCGGGCGAUUCCGCUGACGAACAAGAUCAAGAAGAUGACGUCCAAGGCGAAGCCUCGGAUCCGGAAAAGACGAACGACGCGUUCGUCUCUAGGGAACCGUCCAUGGUCACCAAAGGGGUGUCUGAGGCGUCGACGAUGCCGGCGCCUAACGGGAACUCCGCGAACGAUCAAGAGGCCCUCAGGUUGCGCAUGGAGGCUAUUCAAAAUGAGAUGAACGCCGUCAUCGCGGAGAUGGCUGAGAUGGAACAACGUCUCAUGGAACAACAGAAAGAACUUCAGAUUGACGAGGUCAUCACUAUAGAGACAACGAGCAGCAAGAAGGCGAAAGGGUCUGUCGACGGCGAGAAGAAACGUUCGACCAAGAAUGGCGGUACUGUAACCGGCAAGAGGAACAGUGCAAGCGCCACGGACAUUCUGGAACCCGAAGAGAGUGGAGACGCAUAA